UCAUAUAAAAACAUUAAGAAAUUUUACAAAUCGAUUUUUCUAUGUUCUUCUUUGUACGUUUGUAACAACGUAAGAAUAGUGCAUUCUAUCAAGAACGUUCAGCAGGAUUUCUUCGGGCAUAGAAAAUCUUCCACGUCACGUACCUCCAAGCGUUGUCAUUACGCUGAUCGUUUUGUAAGAGUCUCUCGAUCGGAGAGGCAGCGCAUAGAAAGUAGACGCUAUCCUUGAUAGGAAUCAAACGGGAGAGUUCUUUGAAAAGAUACAUUGAUACGCGUAAGCUGAAUAAUAUAUACACCUAAGUAAGAUCAUGGAAUCUACGUGGCAAUUAAUGACAACAGUCAUUUUCUUCUUGGUUCAAUCGAAUAUAUUACACGCUCAUCGGGAGCACAAGGUCCACAACAUAGUACUCUAUCCAGACAAGCACAGUUGGUGCAAAACGACGCCUAUCAAGCAGGUAGUCGCGUGGCCUCAAUGUUCAUCCCAAGAGCUCGACAACAACGUGUGCGUUGGAGCUUGUUUCUCUUACAUGGUACCCCACAGCGAGCCGUCCGCUCCUGGUGAUUUGAUAAGACCCUAUUGCGACUCGUGUCAGCCUCUCGACAGUGUUUGGCAUACGGUUACCUUGGAUUGUAAGGAUGAGGCAAAUAAUCCUAUGACUAUGCAGAAAAAGGUUCAAAUCAUAACAAACUGUUCCUGCAGUUCGUGCAUGGAGACAUCUAGGAUCAAACCUGAUUACAAUACUUUGCUUCAAUCAUUGACGGUCGAAAAUUUGGAUAAGAACGUGAACGUUGUUCACGAGACCCCAGAUCUUUUGUUGAAUCCUAACCUGAAUUCAUCCAAGAAUACGACCAGAGACGGUGUGGAAGCUAACGAAAGAUUUCUGCAAUUGUUCAAGCAAGGAUUCAAGGAUUCGGAGAAAUUAGACGAGACCGGUGCGAAGGAACUUUUCUCGAAAUUCGGAGAGGAGGUCGAUAUGGAGAAGUUGAGGGAUUUACUAAAGAAAUACAGUCAAGAGGACGAGAGGCAUCAACAGCAUCAACAAACUAACAAACAGCAACAACAACAACAGCAACAACAUCACGGUACAACGACGAUGCUACAUCGAGGUCCUCAUCAUUCGAUGGUUUUGGAUUCUGGUGUUAAAGAAAAGAUCGACGUUGAGCCACAUUAUCUACAUCCAGCAGUCGCUGGUCAAGAGAUCAGUUAUCACGACAACGUUGUCGUCGACAAGGGCAAGAAGAAAGAUUUUUGAAAUCUCUCGAUCGAAAAACGAUCGUCUCGUUUUACGAAAUUGGAUGCCGACCUGGGUUCUUCGAACGAGUUGGACAACGAACGAGCGGAUCGUAGAACGGACUAAUCGUAAGCGAAGGAACGACAGUUUCCCACGCUGAUUCCACGAGAAUCGAUCGGUAAGGAAUUUCAUGCCUGGUCCAAUCCUAAGGCAUCUACAUAACACGGUAGCUAGCAAUCUUAUUCUUUCUUUUUCCAUUUUUUUUUCUUUUUUUCUUUUUUUGAUUUUUUUUUUGUUUUCUUGUUAUUUUUUUUUUUGUUUCAUAUUAACGGUAAAGAUAUUUAAACUGCUUAAGGGGUAUAUAAUUUUAAUUAUUCACGAUCGAAUCAUUCUUCAGCUUAUCUUUUCUAUAUGUAUAUAGAUAGUAGUACAUUUUUUUAAAUUAUUCGACACUUGUUAAUGCUACGAAUUUGUUCGUUCGUAAAAAUUCGAACGAGAAUAUCGAACCAACGAGAGGAAAAGAGAUGAAUAGAAAAAGAGAGAGAGAGAGAGAGAGAGAGAGAGAGAG